UAUUUUUUUUUUCUUUUUCCCCUUCUCUCAGCUCUUCCUUCCUUCCAUCGUUUCUUCCUUGUGUCGCCGUUUUCACCUUCGCUUCAUCUCCCCUCCCCCAAACAGCAUCCUCAUUCCACAAAAUGCGCUUGACUGCCUUCACCACGGCGCUGGUUGCCGUCGUUGCCUUGCAAGUGGUUGCGAGCGCGAUUGCCUCGCCUGCGGCUGCGCCUGCUGCAGUCCGUCUGCGCGCCCGCCGCGAUGUCACCGACGAGAGCUUCCUCAAGCUGAACGAGCUGAAUGUGCAGGUCGCAGACGGCGUCGCGGGUAGCUACCCCUUUGUCGAAAUCUCCGCCCGCAAUCCAGAGACCAAUGUUCCUGCAGGAGCCUAUACCUCGGAUCAACUCUCACUGGUCUUUUACGACGCCGAUAGCAACAUCUACCGGGUGGUCGACUUGAGCAGCGUGACUUUUAACGCGGACGGUCUUGCUUUGGUCGCGCCGAACUGGGUGACCGACCCCAAAGUCACUGUGCACGUUGCUGAUGUGACCGACCCGUCCAUUGCGCUCUUCCCGGAAGCUGGUGCUGUGUGCCUGUAUGACGACCCCGCCAGCUCGUUCCAUGUGGGCGACCGCAUUGCUGGCGACCCUUUCGAUGCCAUCGUCUACGCCUCCGAUCCUGCAACGGUGGCGCAGCUCAGCGCAUACCUGCUCAACGGACAGCCUGCAAUGGCCAUCGCCACCGAGGCGUCAGGCGUGGACAACUCCAACGAGCGCUGCAGCCACUUCAUCUCCAGCAACACUCGCGCGUGGAAUCCCGUCUUCGAGGCUGCAUCGCCUGGCCAGCAAAACCCCUGCACCGGGUAUGCUAGCGCGUACAACUUUGUUUUCACUCAGCUCAAUGUGGGCACGCUCCUUGGAGUCUAUUCGCCCCUGCAGAGCAUUCGUCUCACUGACGUCCAGCGCUCGCCCCAAACAUCGCUGAAAGGCUUUGCCCUUGUCAUCACUACCAGCACCACCAUCUUGUUCGCUGCUGAGUUGGGUGUGGACCCGGUCUGGGGCACUGACACUGGCAUGACCGACGACAAUGGCGAUUGGCUCUGGGCUGCCGACUCUGGCAGUUUCAUCUUCCCCGAGCUCACCGAAUUUACCUCCAGCUCUGGUGCUGUAGUCAUCUACAGCUUGGAUGAAGUCCCGAACGGCAUGGCGAACCUGGAGCCUGGCAACCCGCCGACCAGCUCUGGUGUCCGCGACGUGCUUGUCUGGCGCCUCGUGGAUGAAGAUGGUGAGACAACGGAAUCUUCCGCGCUGGCUGCCCUGCUCACGCCCGCUCAGCCCUCUCUAUUCGAUGGAGCGUUCGAUGACGAGUUUGAGGAUUUCGGCUAUCUUCGCUGCUCGUUCAGCCUCCCCAAGUCGUACCGUCGUCGCCCCUUGUCAGCAUUUGUCUGCCACGCCAGUCCCUCCUCGACCCCGAUCCCCGAUCCCACUACCAUCCCCAUCCCCGAGCCCACCGAUGCCUCGUCUGCCACCCCGGACGUUUCCUCGACGGAAGUCCCUUCCUCGACCGAAGACGUCUCGACCACUGAUGUCGAGGUUUCCACCACCGAUGUUCCCUCGCCGACCGAAGAUGUCUCGACUACUGACAUUCCCUCGCCGACGGAUAUUCCUUCGCCGACUGAGGAUAUCUCGACAACUGAGAUUCCUUCGCCGACCACUGAGAUUCCUUCGCCAACUGAGGAUGUCAGCACCUCGGAUGUUCCUUCCCCCACUGAUAUUCCUUCGCCGACUGAGGAAGUUUCGACGACUACUGAUAUUCCUUCACCGACCGAUGUUCCUUCGCCCACUGAGGAAGUUUCGACCACUGAUAUUCCUUCCCCCACUGAUAUUCCUUCCCCCACUGAGGAAGUUUCGACCACUGAUAUUCCUUCGCCAACCGAUGUUCCUUCGCCGACUGAGGAAGUUUCGACCACUGAGGUCUCUUCCGCAACUCCCGACGUUUCUUCCGCUACACCUGACGUUUCUUCCGCUACUCCUGACGUUUCUUCCGCUACGCCUGACGUUUCUUCCGCCACUCCUGACGUUUCUUCCGCCACACCCGAAGUCUCUUCUGCUACCCCUGAAAUCUCGUCUGCCACCCCUGAAGUCUCUUCUGCCACCCCUGAAGUCUCUUCUGCUACUCCCGAAGUCUCGUCCGCCACGCCAUCCGCUAGUAGCACAGCAGUUCCGUCUGGAUCGUCGGGCUCGAGCAGCACUAGCUUCAAGGUUGUCAUUGCAUUCACCGUGAUUGCAGUCAUCCUCUUUAUCGCCUUCCUGGUGAUCAAGGGCCGCAACUUGCUCCCCUCGUCGGAAUCCGUUUCCCAUCAAGGCUACGUUCGUGACUUGAGCACCAACGACGAAGACGCCUUCGACGGCGACAGCGACAGCGACCGCAAGCAUCUCAAGGUGGAAAUUCCUGAAGAGGAGAUGCUCUAAAUGCUGCGUGUGUGUGUGUGUGUGUGUGUGUGUGUGUGGUGUUUUUGCUUUUUUGUUUUGCUUUCCGUUCGGUGGUGUCAUUUCGUUUCGCGUUAACUGUGUGUUCCCGCUUGAGUUUGUUGACUUGUUUGCAACAACUAUAAAAGAUAACCCCUA